AAGUGUAAUCUGAGCUGGAACUGCCCAACUUCAGCUGCCACGGCUCCUGCCUACGAGAGAGAGAGCCCUGAAUCCCCCCUCUAUCUACCUUUCGGAUUCUCUCCUUCUGCCCCUCCCGCCCCAGGCUGCAGGAUUAGGAAUCUUGCAACUAUCAAAUUGCUUUGGGUCAGGAGAGAGGAGGGGAGCGGGGCAGCGGGGCCAAAGCCCCAGGUCACUUGCAAAAGGUCACCGACCUUUCCGGUGCACCUACCUUUUUUGUUUGUUGUGCUCUUGUGGGAAGUAAGCCUUAAGGAUGUUUUGCUGGAAGGGCUUUUGAGUUCGACCCCUUGGCUUCUUUUCCCACCCCUCCUGCCCCCAGGCGCACUUGGUUCUCUGCUUCAUUUCGGGGAAGCCAUGGACAAAAGGCAAGGAAAAGUCAAGAACAGGAAGGAUUUAAAGAUCUCAUGUGUCUCCAACAAGCCACCUGUCUCCAACCCAACGCCUCCCAGGAACCUGGACUCUAGGACCUUCAUUACAAUCGGUGACAAGAACUUUGAAGUGGCAGCUGAUGAUUUAGUAUCCAUUUCAGAGCUGGGUCGGGGUGCCUAUGGCGUAGUGGAGAAAGUCCGACAUGCCCAGAGUGGAACCAUCAUGGCUGUCAAGAGGAUCCGAGCUACUGUGAACACUCAGGAACAGAAGAGGCUUCUCAUGGAUCUGGAUAUCUCCAUGAGGACUGUCGACUGCUUCUAUACUGUCACCUUCUAUGGGGCCCUUUUCAGAGAGGGUGAUGUAUGGAUCUGUAUGGAACUGAUGGACACGUCCUUGGACAAAUUUUACAAGAAGGUUCUGGAGAAGGAGAUGACUAUACCAGAGGAUAUUCUAGGCGAAAUAGCGGUGUCUAUUGUUCGAGCCCUGGAGCACUUACAUAGUAAACUGUCUGUGAUUCACAGAGAUGUCAAGCCAUCCAAUGUUCUCAUCAACAAGGAAGGCCACGUAAAAAUGUGUGACUUUGGGAUCAGUGGCUACUUGGUGGACUCAGUUGCCAAGACCAUGGAUGCUGGUUGCAAACCUUAUAUGGCGCCGGAGAGAAUCAACCCAGAGCUGAACCAGAAAGGCUACAAUGUCAAGUCAGACGUUUGGAGUCUGGGAAUCACUAUGAUUGAGAUGGCCAUCCUCCGGUUUCCGUAUGAGUCAUGGGGGACCCCAUUCCAGCAGCUGAAACAGGUAGUAGAAGAGCCAUCUCCUCAGCUCCCUGCUGACCGCUUCUCUCCUGAGUUUGUGGACUUUACAGCUCAAUGCUUGAGGAAGAAUCCUGCUGAGCGAAUGAGCUACCUGCAGCUAAUGGAGCACCCUUUCUUUACUUUGCACAAAACCAAAGAGACAGACAUUGCUGCCUUUGUGAAGGAGAUCCUGGGUGAGGACUCAUAGGAGAAGGACAUUACUACCCUGGGGAGCGCCCUCUUCCCCUCUCCUUUGGAAAACAGAAAAGAGGAACGACGUUCUUGGUGGUUUGCACAGAUCACGUAGUCCCCAGCCCUGUCCACCUCCAACCUGGAGCACGGCAUUAGUAUAUCCUCGUGUCAUCCUGUGUAUCUUUUAGCUAAAAGAGCUACCUGGCCAGCACCAUGGAAAUCCAAGGCCGAGGACAAUGUUUGGUCACUGCUCCCGCAGAAGCCCGUGUGGCAUUGGACGUAGGGAAUUUCUUCACUGGCGAGACUCUCAUCACCAUGACUCUUGGGUCGGAGAGACCAGUCCCUUGCUUAGGCAGGAACUGUUGGGGUGAGGGUGGUUCUGACAGAGGGAGGGUAGGUCCUUCGGGUCUUGCAAUGUGCCAUUUAUUCCAAGUGCCAAGAAAACUGACCCAGUAAGCAGAGCUUCCCAAUGUUUUUGAGUAGAGUGAGUUUCUGGGACUACCAGCUCUGUAAAUUUUUUGGUUCAUUCAUUCAUUCAGUACUUCCCCCAGAUCUGUUUCUUUCUCUCGGUCUCGCAGGAAUCUGUUCUUCUCCCAACACCUCUCACCCAUAAGGUGUAACAGCGCCUAUCUCUGUACCAGCGCCCUCCAUUUUCCCUUCCCUAAAUCCACUUUCUUUAGACUCUGGUCUUCCUACCCUUGGAGGGGAGGGCUUUGAGUUCUUGGGGAUGGGUGGUGAAUGGGAUGGUGUUGGUUCAGUGAUCUUUGAUGUCUGUAGUAAGGCUAUGGGAAGACGCCUGUCCUGGCCAGUGAUAUGAAGCUUAAUACCGAGGGAGAGAGGGGGCCCUUGAACAACAGCCUAUCAGCCUUGGUGACCUGUUGAUGCCAAUGACCCUUUCCCUCUCAAGCACACCUCACUUCCUAGGGCCAGAGGGUGUGGGUAUGUCACGAGGGCUAAUGGGUGUGGGAGGUGAGGAUUUGAUCCUGCCCCCCUCAUAUAUAAAGUGCCGGGUUCUAAUGCUCCCAUAGUUUUCUUUUUCAAAGGCCAUUACAAAUUCUUCCUUAUGGCCCAAUGACUUGCUCAGCUGCUCCAGGAUCCACCCCCAAACCAUCUCUUCCAAACCAGCCUUGGGGAUCAGAUCAGGCCCUUUAUUUUUUUGUCCUUCUGACAACCCACAAGUGUUAUGAGCCUAUGUAAACAGUAAAUUGUAUAGGGUAGGCAGAACAUAGGUUGUAUUAUAUUUUUUAUAUCUAUAUAUAAUGAACUUUAAAAGCCGUUUUCUUGUUUUAAUCUGAUAACAGAUAUAGUCCUCCCUCCUGGGGGAUGGGCUCUGGGGGUCAUGCCUGAUUACUGUGAAUACCAGAGGGUUGGUCCCAUCCCCUUUUCCUGGGCCCUCCUGCCUAGAAGACUCUUUCCCUCCUUCCCUCCAUCUCUUAGAAACCCUACCUUCCUUCAAGGGUUAGUUUAAGGACAGCCUUCUACAUGAAGCCUUUCCUCAUUUCUUUGCUGAGAACUUCCCUUGGGGGUGAGAAAGAGCUGGAGGAGGUGUCUGCUUCAGGAGUGGCUAUCUGCCCAGCCAGAAUUAUUGCAGGUAGCCUAUGAUUUUCAAGGGGAGUGGGGGUGGAAAUAUACUUCAGGACCAGUGAUUUUCUUUGAGGAAAUGUCUAGCUGUCUUUGAAGCUGCUGGGGGUGGAGAUGGGGAGAGGUGUAGUAUGGAUGCUGUAAAGUUGGCUCGAGCACUUGGUCAGGAAGCUGAUGUAUACAUGUUCGUUGAAGAGACGUGGAUGGCUGCCUCAGGGGUGUGGGGGUGGGAUAUCCCUGAUUCUUUGAGGUUUGACCCUACUUAGACCUGCUUCCCAACAAACAUGCUCAAUUCUAAAAGGUCUUGCCACAAGCCUCCCUC